AUGGAGGAGAACCGUGAUCAAGGAUUGAAUAUUCGACAGAAGGCGAAACAGAUCACCACACUACUAGCUGAUGAUGAUCGAUUGAACACAGAACGACAGAAGUUCCUUCAAAGUAGAAAUAAAUUCAAGCAAGGAUCUUCUUAUUCUACAACGGAUUGGAAUCAAACGCCCGAAAACAGAUCUGAUUUAUCCGAUGCUCGUCCAACUUCCGCUGGGGAGGAAGAGAUGCAAACCAAGAAAUAG